AAGGCACAUGUGAAAGAUAAAGAGGAGAGGGGCUGGGGGAUGGAAAAAAAAAAAAAAAAGUGUUUUCUGCAGGGCUCGGCCGGGCCGGGGCGGCCGCAGGGCGCAGCCCGAGCCCUUUAAGCUGCCCACCCUCGGCCGGGCCGGCGGCAGCUGGAGGCUAUUUAUACCGGGGCGGCGGCGGGCGCUGGGUGUCCUGCGCGGGGCGGUCCCGGCGGCGGCGGGGCCCGGAGCGGAGGCUGCCAUGGCCACGGCGCUGCCCCCCGCGCCCGCCGGCGGGAGCCGCUCCGGCAGCCGCGCCGCCGAGUCCCCGAUGAGCCCGGCGCGGCUGAGCCGGCUGCAGGAGAAGGAGGAGCUGCGGCAGCUCAAUGACCGCCUGGCCGCCUACAUCGAGCGGGUGCGGGCGCUGGAGGCCGACAAGUCGGUGCUGCAGCAGCGGCUGAGCGAGCACCAGGCGGGCACCGACCGGGAGAUGGGCUGCCUGCGGCUCCGCUACGAGGCGGAGCUGGCCGACGCCCGCCGGGCGCUGGACGACAUCGCCAUCGAGCGGGCUACGCUGCAGGUGGAGCUGGGCAAGAUUGGCGAGGAGCACCGGCAGCUGCACGUCAGGAAUUCCAAAAAAGAAAGUGAUUUAAACGUGGCCCAGGCUCGUGUGAGAGACCUCGAUGCCCAGCUAAAUGCGAAGGAAGCUGAUUUAGCAACAGCCCUGAAUGAGAACCGGACUUUGGAGAACGAGCUCUGUGAAUUAAAGGAUCAAGUACUCAGUCUGAAUCUGUCACUGGAGGAUACUAAAAAGCAUCUCCACAGUGAAAUGUUGAGGAGAGUGGACCUAGAAAACCAUAUGAAAACUUUGCAGGAAGAAAUGACGUUCCAGAAGCGCCUUCAUGAAGAUGAGCUCAAGGAGACAAAAAGAGUCCAUGAGAGCAGGAUAGCAGAAGUAGAAUCUGGCCGUCAAAGAGAGUUUGAGAGCAAGCUCUCAGAUGCUCUGCAGGGGCUCAGAAAACAGCAUGAAGAACAAAUUCAAGGCUACAAAGAGGAGAUGGAGCGAACAUUCAGUGCAAAGGUGGAGAAUGCCCAGAUAACUGCAGCAAGGAACAGUGAGUUUGCCAAUGCUGCUCGGGAGGAGCUGAUGGAAACACAGAAGAGAGUUGAUACUCUGAUAUCUCAAGUCAAUCAAUAUCAAAGCCAGAAUGUUGCUUUGGAGAGCCGAGUAAAGGAGCUCCAGAAUUUGCUGGAUUACGAUCGUGAUCUCCAUCGAAGGCGUAUGGCUGAAAAGGAGGAAGAAAUGGCACAAGCUCAGAAACAGGCACAAGCACAGCUGGAAGAGUAUGAGCAUCUCUUAGAUGUGAAACUGGCUCUAGACUUGGAGAUAAAUGCGUACAGAAAGAUGUUGGAAGGAGAGGAACAGAGGCUAAAGCUGUCACCCAGUCCAUCUUCACACAGCACAGCAACUCAAGCAGCAAGUCAGGGGCGACGAUACCUGCAUGGGAAGAAAAGGAAAAUCAAAGAAACCAAAAAGAGGGAGCAUAGUGCUGCACUUAAGACUAUUCAGCAUGUUUCAGCUACUGGAAAUAUAUCUAUUGAAGAGAUCGAUGCAGAUGGGAAAUUUGUCAGGCUUAAAAACCACUCUGAUGAGGAUCAAUCUCUACAUGGCUGGGUGUUGAGACGACGUAUUGGAAGUGUGGCAGAUGUUAACUAUAAGUUUCCUUCAAGGUUCACUCUUCAGGCAGGCCAAGAAGUUACAAUCUGGGGUGCAGCUGCUGGUGUUAGCCCAGGUCCUAGUGAUCUGGUCUGGAGGUCUCAGAAAUCUUGGGGAACUGGAGAUAACAUUGGUGUUACACUCAUCACAGAUGAUGGUGAGGAACUUGCAGAGAGGAAGAUAAUGCUUGUACCCAGAGAAGAAGAAAGUGAGCAAGAUGAUGAUUAUGAAGAAAUAACAGGAAGUGAAGCAGAGUUUGCAUCUCAGACCAAAAGAAGAAGAAAAAAGAAAUGUUGUUUGGUUUCAUGAUAGUGGUUCCUGUGAGCAUCCUUAAGCAGCAAAAUGAAGAUCCCAGCUGUUCUGUCAUGUAAUGUGGAAACACAUCUCAGUGUUGACUGAAAACACAUCUCAGUCCCAGGUGACACAGACUGUAUGUGCAUUGAUAUCUUCUGUCAUAUCUGGAAUUUGGAACUCACAUAUUCCAUCUGAUGUCUUUGUGAGAAGCAUUGUCUGUAACAUGAUGAAAUUUCCUGCCUUCUCAUAAUGGACCCUGGCCUUGGGUUCACUGAUACAAAGAGCAGUAGAGUACAAGUUCCAUGUGAAGUUGUUUUUACUAUUACACAAGGAUCUGGUUUCUGUGACCUGCUGAAACAGAGAAGGGUAUAGAGUUUACAAAGCUUCUAAACAUGUGCCCUAGAAGGAUGUUAAAUACUUGACAAUGAACAUGAGGCUGCCUCAGCUUUCUCAAUAUUCUGACAUGGAGUUCUCCAAAGGUAAUCUCUCUUUCCAGCCUGAGUGGGAAACAUGGGACCGAUCACACCCUUGCACCUUGAGCAAGUCUGAAGUAAAACACUGUCCUGAAGUGAGUGUCUAAAAUGUUUCCUGCUCAGAUCCUGAUGCAGAGAUACAUAAGACUGGUCUGGAUCACUUCCUCCUAGAGUGAAACACUUUAGAAUUAAAAGCAAGUUGUCAAAAAUAUUCCUGCCUGUUAUUAAAUGUACUGUUUCUAUAGUCUAGUACCUGGAAGUCCCUGUUUCAGUAUUGUAUAUUCCUAGGUACAGUGCAUCACAGCAGAGCUGUGCCAGCCUUAACUUAGAUAAAUGGAUCCUGAAAAUGUGAAAAAGCAUCUCAUUCUGACAAAGCAGGUACUGUGACCUGUGCUGCUGGCACUGUUUGAUUGGUCCCAACAGCUUUCUAAGGGGCUACAGAGAAACACAUGCUAAGUCAAAAAUCAAAGCUAGAAAGCCCCAGCUGUAGUGAAAACCACAUCAAACUCCCUGCUCUUGGAGCCCUUAUGUGUUAAAUCUCCAUGCAGGCUCCAGCUGUGUGAGUCUAAUGGGACAGCUGGGGGAAAACUAGCUAUGGGCCACUGUGCAGCUCCCUGUCACUCUGGUAGCUCUGUGCUCUGUGGAAUGCUGUCCCGUAACCCUCAGGAGGGGACAAUAAGCCCCGGGGGCACUGCUGUCACUCUGUCUCUCCUCCAAACUGCUCCCCUGCUGGCCCCAGGGGAAAGGAAGGGUUUUGAGCCACAAGAAGUAAACUUCCACCUGAGAGCAGGAGGGGAGCAGCUGAGCCUGCAGGUUUCUCUCAAUGCUGGAGUAGUGUUUUCACUGUUUUACCUUGCCAAAGUGUUCAGUUCCAAAUUCAAGACCUGCUUUGUGUGAGGAUGCAGGUGCUAAGGUGAGGGUUUCCUAUGCUAGCUUAAACUCUUAUAUUAUUUAAAAAUUCUAAUUUUGAGACAUCAAGAGUAGAUGCUGGUUUAAAACUUGGAUUUUAGCAGAUCCAAAUUCUUGUUCCAUCUCAAACAAUAGAAAUAGCUGCUGCUCUAACUUUGCUGUAUUUAUCUUUAUUUCUUAAAACUUUUUUAACUAUUAAAGAUAUUUUUCAUGUAUAUAAGAGCAGUCUUGGAUUUAAAUAUUUGCAGAUUAAAUAAUAAAGGUCUGUCUGUUCAAUGAUUUCUGUUCAGUGGUUCAAAAGACUACGAAGUAAUAAAACUGGUGAUUUUAGGGACUGCAGAGAGAAUAAACCUUCAGCAAUGCACUCUGCUCUCCUGUUUGUCACUUCACCUGGAGCUGAACUGCUAUGAGCUUUAGAGGAAUCUUUAAUAGCUUCCCUGUAAAGAAUUCAGCUCUCUUCUCUUAAAUUUGUCUUGUAUGGAGUGCAACUGGCAAAAGAUUACAUCUUCCUCAAGGGCUGCUCACUUUGGUCACUACUACAUUACUAAGCAAAGCAGGAGCUGGUAAACAAAAACCAAGUGAUUCUAUCUGCAUUUGGAUAAGUACUUCUGAUGCCAGACUUCUUCCUUAAUUUUGAGGCUUUUCUGUUAUGUUUUUAGUUAUUACAUGUCUUUCCAUCACUGCCUAUUCUUCUUUCUCCUCUUUUCCAUCCCUUUCAACUAAAUAUAAGAAAUAG